AUGGGUAGCUUAGUGUUGGUUCUGACUCUGAAGUUAGACUCUCAGAGUGUGAAGGGCAGAGCAUCUGAGACUAUCAACUCAUCAGAAGCCAAGGCAGAGACUAUUGGCAAGCCCACACUGAAAGCUCAUCCAGGCUUCGUGAUAACCAGGGGUAUGCAAGUGACCAUGUCCUGUGAGGGUACCUCAAGUGCUCAGGAAUACUAUCUCUGUAAAGAGGGAAGUCCAGACCCCUGGCAAAGACAGAGCUCCAUGGUACCUGGGAAUAAGGCUGAAUUUUUCUUCCCAUCCAUUCAACAGAACCAUGCAGGGAGAUAUCACUGUUACUAUCAGACCCAUGUUGGCUGGUCAGAGAACAGUGACUCUCUGGACUUGAUGGUGACAGGACUCUACAGAAAACCACAUCUGUCAGUCCUGUCCAGCCCAGUGGUGAGAUUAGGAGAAAAUGUAACCCUCCAGUGUGUUUCACAACUGGGAUAUGAUGGCUUUGUUCUGACUAAGGAAGAAUCACAGAAGUUAUCUUUGAUCUGGGAUUCACAGUACAUAUACUCUAAUGGGCAGUUCCGGGCACUGUUCUCUGUGGGUCUUGUGACCUCCAGACAGAGAAGAACAUUCAGAUGCUAUGGCUAUUUCUUGAGCAAACCUCAAGUGUGGUCAGAACCUAGUGACCCUCAAGAGCUCCUGGUCUCAGAAGCUGAUCAGCUCCUCAGGCCAUCACCAAACAUAUCAGACCCCAAGACAGUCUCACAGCCCCAAGAUUACACAGUGGAGAAUCUCAUCAGGAUAGGGGUGUCAGUCUUGGUCCUUGUGCUUCUUGGCAAUCUGCUGUUUGAAGCUCAGCACAGUCAAAGACAGACCCAACAUACGGCUGGGAGAGAAAGCAGUGCUUCUUUCAUGGUGGCAGAGUCCUGUGAAUAA